AUGCCACGACCCGGCAAAUCUUCUUAUUCAGAUGAAAAACCUCCAUAUUCAUAUAUUGCUUUAACAGCAAUGGCGAUUCAACAAAGUCCAGAAAAGAUGUUACCACUUAGUGACAUUUAUAAAUUUAUUACUGAUCGAUUUCCAUAUUAUCGAACAAAUACACAAAAAUGGCAAAAUUCAUUAAGACAUAAUUUAUCUUUUAAUGAUUGUUUUAUUAAAAUUCCACGUCGUAUGGAUCGACCUGGUAAAGGCAAUUUCUGGGCAUUACACAGCAAAUGUGGUGAUAUGUUUGAAAAUGGAAGUUAUUUACGACGACGAAAACGUUUUAAAUUAUUACAAAAAAAAGCCCAAGAAGAAAAAAAAGCAAUAAAAACAACUACUCUUGUUAAUACUCCAUCAUCAUCACCAAAUAAAUCUCAACAAAUAAAAAAUUCAUUUUUUAUUGAUAAUCUUCUUGGUAAUGAUACAAAUACAAAUACAAGUUUUAUAUCAUCAACAUCAUCGUCAACAUCACCACCAUCAUCACCACCAUCAUCAGAAACAAACAGUUCAACAUUACAACAUUUACUCUAUACAAAUGAUUUGGAUUUUAUACGAAAAUUAGCUUUUUUCAGUGAUACUCAUGGACAACAGCAACAGGUUUAUUGGUAA